AUGGGUGAUUUGAACUGUGAUAUCUUGAAAUCUCCUUGUGAGUCUUAUACUCGCAAGCUACAGUUCCUUUCAUCAAUUUAUCAGUUCGUUCAGCUUAUUGAUGAACCCACAAGGAUUACUGGAACAUCAGCAACUCUAAUUGAUCUAAUUCUGACAAAUAAAGAGGAAAAUAUUUCAAAGUCUGGUGUCAUACACCUUGGACUUUCUGAUCACAGUAUGAUUUUCGCUAUUAGAAAACAUUGUACUCCCAAAUCACGGGAAAAGGUUAAACAUAUUCGUAACUUUAAAAAUUUCAAUGCCAAUGAUUUUCUUACGGAUCUUUCACAGAUGCCGUGGGAGAACAUUGCCCAACAUGACAAUUCUAAUGUAUGCUGGCAG